GUGAGUUGGGUUCCACAUAAACUGAACUCCAUAAUGGGCGCAAUUCCACAGGUCCUCAUUGUAGUAACACUUAUAGCUGUUGCUCAAGCGGGCUACCUGGGCGGUGGAUAUGCAGCAUACUCCGCCCCCGCUGCCUAUGCCGCCCCAGCUUAUCAUGCCGCCCCCGCGUAUGCUGCACCAGCCAUUGUUAAGGCACCUGUCGCAUACAAGGCAGCUCCCGCUGUUGACUAUUAUGCGUACCCUAAGUACAGCUUCAGCUACGGUGUGAAUGACGCUCAUACAGGAGACAUUAAGAGCCAAUGGGAGGAGCGGGAUGGUGACGUGGUGAAGGGGGAGUACAGCCUUGUGGAACCUGAUGGCACUGUCCGCACUGUGUCCUACACAGCAGACGCACACAACGGAUUCAACGCCGUCGUACACCGCAGCGGACCAGCCGUUCAUCCCGGAGCUGUGGUCAAGGCAGUAGCAGCGCCCGCCAUCUACAAGGCCCCCGUGUAUGGAGGUUACUACCAUUAACCGUUCUCAGAGUGACCUGCAGCUCAACAUAUCAUGCCAUGUUACCCUACCUGUGUCAGAAUCAUACUCAUAUGACAACAUUUCAUUCCAUUUACAGCGUUCACAGGAAGAAGUUGUAUAACUUCAAAAGUACUAAGUACUUUGUGAUAAUGGUCUGAAAGCGACAUUGCAAUUAAGAGCCGCUGUGUUGUCGCGGAUUCCUCAUUUCAUUCUCUUGCCUAUUUUAAUGACAGAUGUAGGCGUAUUUAUAUUUGCAGCUGCCAUUACGUACCAUAAAAGACAUGGAAGCCAUCUGUGGGUGAAUGUGAGAAACGAGACGCAAUUUUCGAAACUUAUCUCAAAUUCAGCAGAUGGCUACCUGUCUUAUCAGUUAAUCAUUAACAAACUAAACUCACUUUCGCUUGGGAAGGCUGAUCAAUGUCAAUUUCGGUUUACUACAGAGAAACUGAGAUCGAAACAGUCAGACCAACUUAAAAUUGAUUGAGUUAAUAAUUCUGUGUUACAUGUCUUCUCAGAAGAAAUAACUGCAUUGUCUUUUAUCUCUCUGGGAUGUCUUUUGUUCUGUCGCCCCUUCUCACCUUCAGACCCUGAUGAGAAAAUCUCCAGUUUUCGCCAUGAUAUACAAAAAUUACACAUAUUGGGAGCUUUCUUUGACUGAAAAUUAUUGUUGGUUUUAUCCCAGUUACUAUAUUCCAAAUAUUUCACUACAGAUCAGCCUAUUUCUACAGCAGCCACGUGGUUACUAAGUACUUUGUGCGCCAGGUGAGCAGGGCUUAUAGUCCAAACGUUGCUUGAGGCUGAGACACACAGAGGGAAUAUUUAUCGACAUAAAGCAGUUUGGAACUGGAACAUGCCUUUAUACUUUCAUCAGAAAUCUAUGUAUACAAUCCUUCCAUUUCCAAAAAACAAGCAAAGAACUGUCGUCAAAUAUUCCAAGAGUUCGCUACCAUAUGUAACUGGGGAGGGGUAACAAAGAUGAAAGUGGCGUGUAACAUAAUGUUCAGAAGUUUCAUAUAUUUUAUCAGAACUAAUCUGCUACAUAUAUCAUAAUGCCAUAUGUUGUUACGUUAUGUAUACAUGAAAUAACUCUCCACCACAAAUUGCAUAGUUUAGAGACAAGCUUAUGAAGUUGGUA